GUCGGGCUCCUGGGUCGCCUCCGGGCAUUCCUCGCCGCUCCUGCUCCGGCCCUGGCUACGGCGACCUGAGAGUAGCGACUCCGGUUCGGGCAUCAUGUCUGACAAGAGGCCAUCAGCGGAAGCCCAAGCCCGGCGGCUUCCCGACUCCUUCACGGAUAGCCCCAGUGCAGGCCUGGGACCUUGUGGAUGGAUUUUGGUGGCCAUAUCAUUCUUGUUCACAGUUUUAACUUUCCCAUUGUCAAUAUGGAUGUGCAUAAAGAUCAUAAAAGAAUAUGAAAGAGCCAUCAUCUUUAGACUGGGUCGCAUCUUACAAGGAGGCGCCAAAGGACCUGGUUUGUUUUUUAUUCUUCCGUGCACUGACAGCUUCAUCAAAGUGGACAUGAGAACUAUUUCAUUUGAUAUUCCUCCUCAGGAGAUCCUCACUAAGGAUUCAGUGACAAUUAGUGUGGACGGCGUGGUCUACUACCGCGUUCAGAACGCUACCCUAGCUGUGGCGAACAUCACCAACGCUGACUCAGCAACCCGUCUUUUGGCACAAACGACUCUGAGGAAUGUCCUGGGCACCAAGAACCUUUCCCAGAUCCUCUCCGACAGGGAAGAAAUUGCACACAACAUGCAGACUACUCUGGAUGAUGCCACUGAUGACUGGGGAAUAAAGGUGGAACGUGUGGAAAUUAAGGAUGUGAAGCUCCCUGUGCAGCUCCAGAGAGCCAUGGCUGCUGAAGCAGAGGCAUCCCGGGAGGCCCGAGCCAAGGUCAUUGCCGCUGAGGGAGAAAUGAAUGCAUCCAGGGCUCUGAAAGAAGCCUCCAUGGUCAUCACCGAAUCUCCUGCUGCCCUUCAGCUCCGGUACCUUCAGACACUGACCACCAUUGCUGCUGAGAAAAACUCGACAAUCGUCUUCCCUCUGCCCAUAGAUAUGCUGCAAGGCAUCAUGGGGGCAAAACAGUGAGCCAUGUAGGCCGAUGCAGAGAUGAGCUCUUCUCUCCUAAGGAUGAAGUGGGGACCAAACCAGCCUCUAACCCAUAAGGAGGGAAUAGGGUGGGAACCUUGACUUUCUUCCCUCCCUUCCUUUUUCCAUAUGUUGAGUGUGAUGUUCUUAGAACGUGUAGUGCUCCUAGCUAGCCACAGAUGAAGGUUGUUAGCUUGUAAAUAGUACGUGAGAGUGAUGAUUUAUGUAAGAUAAUCUCUCACUCUAAAAUACUUCAAAGUUCGUAUUUUUAGAUUGUUAUGCGAUAGGUUAAAUCCAUCUUCUUUCGAAUCUCAUUGAGUCAUUCUGUGCCCUCUGUCAGCAGCCAGGCCAAAAGGAGGAAGGCAGACUAUCAUCCCAACCCGACACCCUGGCUGGACAAAUGUUUUGCAGAGAACAGUGACCUCGGGCUACAACCAGCUUCUCUGGGCCACAUGUGCCUUACUUCCGGGGAGUCUCAGCUAAGGAAAUUUCCCUAACAUCAGUUUACCUUCUAAACUCAAACUGCCCCACCCACACCCCCGAUGCUGCAAAAUAAUCCUUACUUAAGGGUAGACGUGUCCUUGCCAGUACCUGUUAGCACUGGAGAAAAAGGGGAAGACCAAGGAAAAUGAUGACCCUAACCCUUGAAAGACUUCUAAAUCCAUUGCUGUAGACGUCCUUUUAAAAUAACAUGGGUGGUUUGUUUUUUUAACUUCUCUGAGCCCCUUUAUGAGUAAAUGAUUCCUCUGUGGUCUUUCAAACCAGCUAAAUACUUGUCACAAAAGUGCUUUUUUUUUCUCACUUUUGCCUAUUUUCAUAUAUCAGGUUCUAAAUAGUUUUGAUUUUUUUAAAUAAAAUUUUCUCUAAGUUCUAUAAGCCAUUGUUUAUAUACCCGUUUGAAUAGCUUAAGGGACUAAUACUUUAAAAAAAUAUAUCUUCAGAAAACCAUUAUAUUUUACUGUCUGCAUGCUAUCGACUCGUGUACACUGUGAGCUAUCUUGGUUACCAUUCAUUAAGUAGUAGAAGGAAUUCAUAGUCUCUCGGGCACACAAUAUCCAAGGAGCUUGGGAAGAUGCUCUCAAGCUUAGCAUAUCUAUCUAGGUAUAGAUCCUUUUCAUUUCCCUGGUGAUUUUUUUUUUUCUGUCGUACAUGGUGAUGCUGAAGGAGGAAGUGGUCAGCCCUUCUGAACCACCACUGCUGUAAUAUUAAGAAGCAUCUUCCGUUUCACAAAUGCCUGUGAAGCCAAGUAGCCUGGCAUUCUUCUAUUGGUCUGGAAAGCCGCCUGGUGACAUUUGUACCACUUCCUCUUUGAAGCUCUGAGUUCACCUAGAAAAGUCUAAGAAUAGCAGCUUCCUUACCCAAAGCUGCCCUUCAUAUCUGUCCUUAGCUGGGUCACUCUGUCAAAUCCCAGCCUACGAGAGUCCCCUCCUGACAGCCCAUUUCUAAGGUUAUUUUACAAAACCUUGAACUACCGUGGAUCCAGGUGCCUGGUAGAGUUCAUUAGAUAUACAAUAUACAGAGCAUUCUGGCUUGGAACUCAAGCUGCAUUUAUAUUUUGAAUUUUUAAAUAAUGAUUUUGUCUCUUUUGUGAGGUGGCUCACCCUCAACCACUGAGGACCAGGAGACAACCACAUAUCCUGGCUGAAAAUCUCUUGUCAGACUUAGAGGUUCAGUGCUUUCUGUUCCUUGAGUCUAUCUCCAGAUACCAAACAACCUUCGCUCUUCUGCCUUGUGGAUUCAUAGUCCAAAAGGUUGGAAUUAAAUUGCCUGGGAGUGAGGAGGCAUAGAAGGAGCUCUAGGAUGACAGUGUUAGUACGAGAGUUUUUUCCAGGUGGCCUCCCUUUCCAAUGCUGUACAUAAUAAACUGCACUUUUACUCA